AUGAAGUUGCUAUUGAUUAUCUUGUGUGUUGUUUUUUUCAAGGGAAAUUGUUUUACAAUUUUGAAUAAUCAAUUAGAUGAGUCUUGGUCUUUGUUUAAACGUGUCUUUGACAAAGAAUAUUCAUCCAAUCAAGAUGAAAUCAAUCGUCGACAAAUUUGGGAAGAAAAUUUAUCAAUGAUUCGCAAACACAAUCUGGAAGCUGAUAUGGGAAUGCAUAGUUAUACACUUGGAAUGAAUCGAUUUGGCGAUAUGACAAAUGAAGAAUUUCGAAAACAAAUGAAUGGAUUUCAGAUGAAACUCAAAACUUCAAUUAAUCAUCAGACAUUUGAAACUGCAUCGAAUUUUGUUCUACCGGAUUCAGUUGACUGGCGUUCAAAAGGUUAUGUUACACCAGUCAAAGAUCAAGGACAAUGUGGUUCAUGUUGGGCAUUUUCAACAACAGGAGUUUUAGAAGGACAACAUUUUGCAAAGACAUCCAAACUUGUUUCACUUUCUGAACAAAAUCUUGUUGAUUGUUCAGUCAAUUUAGGUUGUCAUGGAGGAAUUAUGGAAAUCGCUUAUCUUUAUAUCAAAUCGAAUGGUGGCAUUGAUACGGAGUCGACUUAUCCUUAUGAAGCUGAACGACAUCAUUGUCGAUUUGAUCCAAAUAAUAUUGGUGCAACAGAUACAGGUUUUGUUCAAAUCAAAUUAGGAAAUGAAACAGAUCUCCAAGCAGCCAUUGCCACAAUUGGUCCCAUAUCAGUUGCAAUUGAUGCAUCACUUAAGUCAUUUCAAUUCUAUUCAUCUGGUGUUUAUGAUGAACCACAUUGUUCACCAUAUUUACUUGAUCAUGGUGUUUUAGCUGUUGGUUAUGGAAGUUUGAAUUCAAAAGAUUAUUAUCUUGUCAAGAAUUCUUGGGGAACCAAUUGGGGCCAACAAGGUUACAUUCUAAUGAGUAGAAAUAAACACAAUCAAUGUGGAAUUGCAACUUCUGCAAGUUAUCCGCUUGUGUGA